UUGUAAUUAGUUUCUCUCUAGUAGAUCUUUUACCAUCAAUGCUUUACCGAGAAUUUAGACGGAUGCUGCGGCUACUACACUGAUUAGUAGCUUUAUCGACUAGAGCCACGUCAUGGAGGAGGACGCUAACGGAACCACGGGAUCCAUCGGAGGUCUGGGCUACUGGAAGCAGAACCUCUAUCUUCUACAAGAGCGAGCUCCCAAACCAAUUCCAGUACUUUGUACUCGCAAAAUCGACAAUCGUCCUCCACAAUAUGGCAACGAAUUCCAUGGUUUGAUUGAUAGAGUUGAGGCCGAGCGCAUGUUGAUGGAAGUCGGUGAAGGUGCCUUUUUGGUACGAGAAUCUCGUCGAUCUCAAGAUGCCUUUACGUUAUGUAUGAUGUUCGAUGGUCGUGUGCUAAAUUACAAGCUGUACUAUGACGGUACUCACUAUGUGGGAGAGAAACGUUUCGAAACCAUGGAGUUGCUCGUUGCAGACGGUUUGAUCUCAAUGUUUAUGGAUAAACACGCUUCAGAUUACAUAAAGCGAAUGGCUGAUGAGGCCAUUUAUGAGCAAAGUCCUUACAUGCAGUAUACGAAGAGCACGGAACGAAAAACACCUGCAGCAAGAUCGCAUAGUUUUACCCAACAUACAUUCAAAAUGCCUCAUUAUUGCGAUUACUGUAGGAAUUUUAUGUGGGGCUUAGUGCAGCAGGGUGUACGAUGCGAGGAUUGUGGCUUUGCCGCUCACAAACGAUGCUCGGAGCAUACGUUGCCUGAUUGCCGACCCGAGGCCCGGUAUGUGAAGAGAAUGUUUGCAGUGGAUCUCACUACAUUAUGCCUGGCUCAUCAAACGCCGAUUCCACCAGUGGUCACUAAAUGCAUUCAAGAAGUAGAAGCUCGCGGACUCAACGUAGAAGGUAUCUAUCGAGUUUCUGGAUCGCACGACCACAUGGAAAAGCUAAAAAGGCAAUUUGAUUCGCAACAAGCAGUGGAUUUGAAUCAAGUAGACGAUAUUCACACCGUCUGCGGCUUGCUGAAACUCUACCUGAGGUUGCUACCUCAACAACUCGUUCCGUUUAGCGUUUACAAAGCUCUUCUAUCAGCUUUCGCGAAUGCACGAAGUGUGCAUGAAAAAACGAGAGCAUGCAGGAAAGCGCUGGAAGAGCUUUCAGAGGCCAAUGCCGUUACAUUGAACGCUUUGCUGAUACAUUUGCGAAAGGUUGCCGAUCAUAGUGCUCAGAAUAAAAUGAGCGUCGAAAAUAUCUCCACAAUUUUUUCGCCCACGCUAUUCUGCACUGGUGCUAUACCGUCAUUGCCCCAGCAACAACAUAUGCUGCUCCAUUUCAUGAUCCGAACACCACGGAUAGUCCCAUAUGUGUAAAGUCUCUUACUGGUUCAUGAUAUUAUUCGAUUUUUGAUAGUUGUUAUUUAUUUGUAUGGUCAUUUCUUAGCAUUAUACUAACCAAAACGCUUUAAAUCACGGUGCAACUCGUUUUUUUUUCUUAGAGAGCUGUGAGCAAAAUUUCUGCUUGUGCACUCGAAUAUUCCCUGCUCAUGAAAGAAACACUUAUUGGGUUUUGCAGCUCAUCAUUUCCCUUUCAGAUUUUUCUUUGAUAACUGCGCAUUUCUAUGCAUUGUUUGGCAAUUUCACUUGUAUUGAAGUCCUGAUGACUCUGUAUUUAUUUGAUCCCAGGUGCACGUUGUAAUUGACUCGUAGUAAGUGAAUUUUAAUGGGCAUGCAUAUUUUUAUUUUUGAGGAAGUCUGCAACAUCAGCGAUAUUGUUUGUUCAUCUAUGAACUUGACUAGAGCGACACAGUAGAAAGUUUCAUUUUGGAAGUUUAAUGGGUCGAAUUUUGGCGAAUAUCGCAUCC